GAGCUUAUGAAGAAAGAUAUUUUGGGGAUGGAGCGAGGGGAGGAGUAAAAAUAGCCUAGUACUCUACACUGGUUUACAUAUCAGAGAACAUGAGCUGUGAACAGACAGAGGUAGUGAACUUUACAUAGAGCCUGGUCUAUGUCUGUAGUCCAUGCGUUCCCUGUGUGGCCUGCUUCCCUGUGACUUCCUGUUGGAGAAGAAUCUAGGGAAGUUUUCUGUCCGGUCCACGUGAGGUGCACAGGACCUUUGAGUGUCUUCAUAUUUAACAAAGUUGAAACUUGAAUACCAUAGAUUCGUCUUUGUCUUCUUGACAGUCCUUGCUGGCAGGAUGAUGGGUCAUGUGUUGUCGUUCGGCCGCUCCCUGGUGAGGAGGAAGGUGGUGGAUCUCAACAGUCUGGAGGAUUCCAAGCUGUGCCGCUGCCUGGGUACCGUGGACCUCAUCGCUCUGGGCGUGGGCAGCACCCUGGGGGCCGGGGUCUAUGUUCUGGCUGGAGAGGUGGCCAAGGGAAACUCAGGCCCCAGCAUUGUGGUCUCCUUCCUCAUUGCUGCCCUGGCCUCUGUCAUGGCGGGCCUCUGCUAUGCUGAGUUUGGAGCCCGUGUGCCCAAGACUGGCUCAGCCUACCUGUACAGCUAUGUAACAGUUGGAGAGCUGUGGGCCUUCAUCACUGGCUGGAACCUCAUCCUCUCCUAUGUGAUAGGCACCUCCAGUGUGGCCAGGGCUUGGAGCGGGACAUUUGAUGAGCUGAUUGGAGGACACAUUGAGACGUUCUGCAAGACCUACUUCAGCAUGAACUCUCCAGGCCUGGCUCAGUACCCAGACUUCUUUGCAGUCUGUCUCAUUCUACUUCUGUCAGGCCUCCUGUCGUUUGGAGUGAAGGAGUCAGCCUGGGUGAACAAGGUCUUCACUGCUGUCAACGUGCUGGUGCUCUUGUUUGUCAUCGUCUCCGGCUUCGUGAAGGGAGACCCACUCAACUGGAAAAUCUCUGAAGAAACUCUCAUCAAUGUCACCAUUGUUAAACGGAACCUGUCUGUGACUGCUAAUGUGACCAGUGAUUAUGGUGCAGGGGGUUUCAUGCCAUUUGGCUUCAGUGGGACCCUGGCUGGAGCUGCCACCUGCUUCUAUGCCUUUGUCGGAUUUGACUGCAUCGCAACAACAGGUGAGGAGGUAAGGAACCCUCAAAAAGCCAUUCCCAUCGGCAUCGUGGUGUCUCUGACGGUGUGCUUUCUGGCGUACUUCGGUGUGUCUGCUGCCCUCACCCUCAUGAUGCCCUACUACCUACUGGAUGAGAAGAGCCCCUUGCCCAUGGCCUUUGAGUAUGUGGGCUGGGGCCCAGCUAAAUAUCUGGUGGCUGUGGGGUCACUGUGUGCCCUGUCAACCAGUCUGCUGGGUUCCAUUUUCCCUAUGCCACGUGUAAUCUAUGCUAUGGCAGAGGAUGGGGUGCUUUUCAAAGCCUUAGCCCGAAUCAAUCCUAAGACGAAGACCCCGCUUAUUGCCACAAUGAGCUCCGGUGUAGUUGCAGCGAUCAUGGCUUUCCUGUUUGACCUAAAAGCCUUAGUAGACAUGAUGUCUAUUGGAACCCUCCUAGCCUACUCCCUUGUUGCUGCUUGUGUUCUCAUUCUCAGGUACCAGCCGGACCUGCUCUAUGGAAAGCCGGGCUGUAACAGGGAGAAGGAUUGCCUGACAUCACCGGAAGGGGAGUCGGAGCUGACGGAGUCUGAGUCCCACAUCAACAUGCUGAAGGAAGGAAGUUCCACCCUGCAGACAGUGCUCAAACCUCCACUGGUACCCACCGAACAAUCCUCCUCUGUGGUCAACAUGGCAGUCUGCCUCUUAGUGUUAGUGGUGUGUGUGAUCAGUGCUCUGACCACCUACCAUGGAUAUGCCAUCAUUCUCAUGGAGACCUGGAUCCUGUGUUGUCUGGCCCUGUCCCUGGUGGUCUUCAUUGGCUGUGUGGUUCUCAUCUGUCAACAGCCUCAAACCAGCAGGAAGGUCUCCUUCAUGGUUCCACUCAUCCCAUUUCUUCCCAUCCUGAGUAUAUUUGUCAAUGUUUACCUCAUGGUCCAGCUGAGUGGAGACACCUGGAUACGCUUCUCCAUAUGGAUGGCUGUGGGUUUCCUCAUCUACUUUGGCUACGGAAUGUGGCACAGUGUGGAGCGCCAGCGCAGGCUCCAGGACUCCCUCAGCAGCAGUGCCAAGCAGGAGAAGAAGAACAAGGGUCCAGAGAAGACCAGCCAGUGUUAAAGAAAGAUCAGGGAUCCACACAGACUCUAGAAGGUCACCUGGUGGCCCACAGCCCCAGCCAAGACACAGACACACUACAAGCACACAGCAGCUAUCCCUAAAUACACUACAGAAUUAGGAGCUUAAUUUGAUCAGUCUUUUGUUGCUGAGGAUUUUCCUGAACCACAGGAAAUGCAGAUGAACUUCUUGAUUUACAUAAAUUCCCUGAAAUCCCACACUAACACACGGUUAUAUUAACAGUAUUGCACUUUUCAUGUAGCCUACUUUUGGCCAGCUAAUAAACUAACCACCGAUCAAGCAACAUUAUGGACUAAACGUUCAAAUCCUGUUGCUGCAGGAUUAUUUUGCUGUGGCAAUACUGGUCAAAUUAAGAUCCUACAUCUGUUUAUACAGCUACAUGCCAUUUGGGCCUCAGUCACAUGCCAUUCUCCCAGUGGAGCUGCAGUAUACUGUAUCAAUGGUCAUGUGACUUGGAGCAGUGAGGUGGGCUCAUUAUGAUGUCCGUCUCCAUGACGAUGUGACCAAGUAGGAAAGGCUGAUUGGUCAGAAAGGUGUGGAGGCAUCUCCAACAGUCUACAAGAAGAGACAGAAGACAGGAAAUGACAGGUUUUGCAUUUCCUAUUACAAUUAGGGUCAUGGACUAACUAUGGAAUGGCUUUGUAUUUGGUUUUGGCCUAACAUUCUAUGUCUUUUUCUGUAAAGUCACUGUGUACCCUAAGUCAGUUUAUACAGGAAGUUUGCUGUUGGAAUCUAUUGUCUUAGUGUAGAAACUCUAAAACUAACUCUAUCCAGGGUUAAUGACAUGUACACUAAACCAUUAAUUCGCUUCUAAAUAGUGGCCACAUUCUGAAUGUACAUUCUGUACAAACGUAAACAGACAUACUAACAUACACACACACACAGAGUAUUCAUUUCAUUCUUGGCAUAUAUAUGCACAUGCAUCAUGUUAUGUGUGCAUAUCAAUUUAUUACAAUCACAAAUGUGAUUUAACUGUUGGUGAAUGGUAUUUCUGAAAUGUUUAUCUGUUGAAUGGUAUUCCUGAAAUGUUCAUCUGACGUGUGUUUUCCAUAAUGGUACUAAUGAUUUUGUUUGUGCUCUAUUUGACUUUUUGUCUUAAUGUUCUUGCAACAGGACUUGUUGUUGUUCUAAUCGAACACAACUUUAACUAGUCUUUAUAAAUGUUCUAUUCUGAUUACUUGGAUGUGUUGCCGUCAUAAUCGUUUUUACAAUCGUGUCGUGAAGAUUGUAUGAAAUCGAAGUGGAGUGAAUAAGAGAAUUGCUUGUUCAGUGUUUGAUAUCACAUUCCAUAGAAAGACCGUUUUUGCAUUGCUGUAUUUUUUUUGUGCAAGUGUUACAUAUCUUCUUAAGUCCUUUGGGAGAUUUUUUGUCUGUUAUUGCUAGACGGUGGACUGGACUGUCUUGAAAUUUGCCAUUUCUUGACAAAAUGUGCUCUACAGGCCACCUAGAGUCGCCCUUCUCAUUUGAUGCUAGUCCCUUCUUUUUCUGAAUAGUUUCUUAGCAUCACAUACAAGAUGUACUGUACAUGUUUUGCAGGAUAAUAUCCCAGGGAAAGUGACAGUUAAUGACAUUAUUCAACAGAUUCAAGUUAAACUGGUCUUUCAAUGUUUAAAUGUUCCAUGCUUUUUUGCAUUAAUAUUCUACUCCAAGUCGGAGCUUGAUCAGUAUUUAAAGGUUCUCCUCCCCUCCCCUCUCCUCCUCUCGUUUUGUGUCCAAAAAGUUUAUUAUGUCUACUUUGUAACUCUACCUUGGUUUCACAACCAAUGUAUGGGGUUUGAUAUGGAUGAGCAGUGAGAGAGAUAUUGCUUUUUAACAUUCUUCUCUUGGAGCAGCAGAGGCAAAAAUCAUGUAACUUUUUCCAAAUUCCCAGGUUUUCCAGAAAUGCCUGUUGGAAGAUUCCUGGAAUCAGGGGGGAAUAAGCAGGAAAUCCUCCAACUAGGAUUUCUGAAAUACCUAGGAGUUUUGGGGAAGUUACCAGAUUUUUACAACCCUAGUUAGUGAAGUAUUUUAGGGUGUUCAGUUGCAGUUAAUUCACUGAUAGAGCUCUUAGACCUGUGGUAUGAUGAUGAUCUCAGAGUUCCACCUCAACCUCCGGUAUUGAGACCUGUGGUAUGACGAUGAUCUCAGAGUUCCACCUCAACCUCCGGUAUUGAGACCUGUGGUAUGACGAUGAUCUCAGAGUUCCACCUCAACCUCCGGUAUUGAGACCUGUGGUAUGAUGAUGAUCUCAGAGUUCCACCUCAACCUCCGGUAUUGAGAAAUCCUGAACAAUCUUAGUUUAGAUGAUUUUGAUGUACAUUUUCAUUUGAUCUUCUUGAAAGAUAAGUGGCUGAGGUUAUACUAUAUCAUAUCAUGUCAUGAUAAUUUACUGCAAAAACAUUAUUUUUUUUACAUUUGAUUUGACUUGAUCGAUUUAAGUUGAGUUAGGUUAAUUAAACGUGGAACAAAAGAGCAGAGCACAUUAUGUCCCCGAGGGCCUAGAUCAGGCUGCAGACAUAUGUAGCUGGUGUUGUAGCUUAUAAAAAUAUCAACAGAAUGAUCCUCUGUAAAUGUACCCAUUAUGUAGUGACAUAGGUUUCCAUUGUUUCUACUAACUGUACUAUUGUCAAUAAAUGUAUUUUUUAAUAAAAUCAGUUUAUGCAA